AUGAGACCAACAUCUGCUCAUGGUAGAGGAUUAAAAAUCACGGCAGCAACUUAAGAAAACUUUUACAAUAAUAAUAAAGCAAAGUAUUAAAAAGCAAAUAAUAAUCCUAUUUUAGUAGGAAAAGGGAUAUUAUCAGAUGAACAAAUAGAAUAAUAAAUAUUUAAUUGUAAAUAGAAUGAAAUAGAACUUUUAAAGGCAUAGAUGAAUUUGAAGCUAGAUGUUAAUUAAAAGAAGUAAGAGGAGACUAAAAAGAUAAUAAUGAAUGGAUAUGAAGAGUAGUGCAAAUUAAUAAAUGAGAUGAAUGAGAAAAAAAUGGAUACACUAAAGUAGGAGCAGGAAAAAUUUGUAGAAAAAUUAUUAUUAAAAUAGAAAUAGGAAAUAAAAGAUUUAGAAUAAAGUUAUGAAAGUAAAAUAAAAUAGCUCAAGCAGUAAAUAGAUGAAUAAUAAAAAGAAAUAAUAAGGAGAUAAGAGGAGAUGGGUAAUUAGUUUGAGAAAGAGAAGGAAAGGCUAGAGUAAAAGCAUUAAAAAAAACUUGAAGAAACUAAAUAAAAGUAGAAGAGCAAGUUUAAUUCAAAAAUAGAAAGAAUGAAGUAGGAAUGGAUUGAAGAGUAAGAGGAAGAUAAAGCUAAAGUUAAGAAAGAGUGCUAAAAGGUUGUACAACAGGAAAUAAUAGAAAUGAAACAGUUGAUAAAUAAUAUGAAAGAAUAGAUUAAUGAGUACUAGAUUUAAUUAAAUUAAAGGACAUUAUAGGUUGAUGAGUUGAAUCAGCAAUUAAAAUAAAUAUUAGAGUAGAAUGCUUUAUUAUAAAAAAAAGUUGUAAAUUUGGAUUAAAGUAAGAAAAGACUGAAAGCUUAAAAUGAUAUAAAUGAAAGUUCAGAAAAUAGUAGACAGUUACAUAAUUAGCAAAGUAAAUAAAAAUGCUAGAAGAUUGCAGAGCAAGAUGAAAGCAGUGAUCUUACAGAUUUUGAGUCUUUAAGUAGUGAUUAAAUUUCAGAAUAGCAAAUAAGAAAAGAUUAAGAAGAGGAUUUUGCAUAUAUAAACUAAAUUUAGUAAGAUGUCUCUGUUCCUUACAGUGGCUAGGUAUAAUAAAAUAAUAAUGGUAAUAGUGAUAAUUGUAAUACUAACACUAAUGAUGAAUAAGAAAUGAUGGAUUUGUAGCAGUUACAGAGUGAUAUAAAAUAAUCAAUAAGAUAUUAAAUUAAUCUUUUACAUAGUAAAUCUUAAUAGAAUUCAAACUAAUUUAAUUAAGGUAAUUAAUUAGACACUUUAGGUCCAUUUGAAAAUAAUGCAGUUUAGAAUUCACUUGAAAAUAUCAGCUUAAAAAUUGAGAAAAAUGAGUCAAUUAAGAUUUAGUCAAAAGAUAUUUAUUAAAAUAAAGGAAAUUCUUAAUUUUUGAAUAUAGACUAAAAAAUUAAUCAUCAUUUACAAGAUAUCUCAUUAAAUGAUUCUCAAGAUGUGAUACUGGAAACUCAAACAGAAGGUAAUAAUCGCAAUGUAUAUAGAACCUCUUAAAAGUUUGACAAAUGCAUUAACACAAGCUUUGAUUUUAAAGAUGAAGUAAGUGAAAAACAGAAGGAAAUUGAAAAUUUGAGAAUCAAAAUUGAAAACUAAAAUAAAGAAAUUGAAAACCAAAGAAGGCAGAUGGAGAGAAUAAUAAAUGAAUAGGAAAUUCAAUUUAAUAAAUAAAUGAAAAAUGUUAUGGAAAAGGUUGUGGAGAAUAAGAAAAGAGAAAGCAUUAUUAUUAAAAACUACUAAUUCGAAUUAUCCAAUCUUAUGACUAAGAUAUAAAAUAUCACCAAUAUCAUAAAUGAAGCAGAACUUCUCCCAAAUAUGAAGUAAAAUUAAGAAGUUCUCCUUGUUAAAAAAUAAAAUUAAGAGAUUCUCCAAAAUAAUUAACCAAAGUAAGGAGAGCCAAAUAAUAAAAUUGGUGAAAAUAAAUCUGACCAGAAAAAAAGUGAAAUUAAAUCACCUAAAUUUGUAAUUCACUAGAAAUAAAAUACUUAGUCUCAAAAAGCUUAAAUAAUUGUAAGAAGUAGUAUAAAAUCUGUUAAUAAUAUUGAUUAAAAAUAAAUACAAUAAAUAAAUAACAAAUAAAAUAAAAUAUGA